AUGCCAGAGCGGAGAGCCCAGAAGUCGGAGCAGCUAAAAGGAGGGGAGAAAUACAACCAUUCAACAACUCAGCAAGAAUCAAACCAAAUGCCAAGAAGGAAGAAGAUAAGAUCAGAUUCAAGGAAACAAUUACCUCAUAAAAGAGGCAUUCUCAACCAAGUGUCACAUCUCUUCAACCUUAAAGCCAUGGAUGGGAAAAUAGACAGCAUCCAGGACUUUUUCAACCAACUUUGGAGCUUCGCUAAAGAUAAGCACAACCAGGGGGUCUACAACACCGUGUGCCUGGUGGUCCUCCUUACUCUUCCUCUGCUGGUCAUCCUCACAGCGGUGGUGGUGUGUUGCCACUGCUGCUGCUGUCGCCAUGCCAACAGCUACUGCUGCUGCUUCGGAGACUCAACAGCGACCUCCAGGUCAGAGACGAAGAAGAAAAAAAGAUCAGCCAACUCUGAAGAUUUGUGGAUCUCUGUAAAGACAAGUCCGAUGACACCUGACAGGGUUGCUCUAACCAUGGUGUAG